CCCACCAGUGCCCAGCUUUGCCUCCCAUCAGUGCCCCCCACCCAGUGUCUCCCAUCAGUGCCCAGCAGUGCCGCCCAUCAGUGCCACCUAUCAUGCCACCUAUCAGUGCCCAUCAGUGCCACCUAUCAGUGCAGCAGCAUCCGUGCCUCCUCAUUAAUGCCCACCAGUGCUGCCUCAUCAGUGCCGCCUAUCAGUGCAGCAUCAUCCAUGCCUCCUCAUCAAUGCCCACCAGUGCCGCCUCAUCAGUGCAGCCUAUCAGUGCCCAUCAGUGCUGCCUAUCCAUGCCACCUCAUCAGUGCCCAUCAGUGCUGCCUAUCA